GAGAUGCAGCUGCUGUUGGCCCUGUUAGGGGUCCUGCUGAGGGCAUCCUGGGCUCCAGCUUUGUCCUUUGAGGCCUCUGAGGAAAUGGAGCUGGGUAUGACCUCUAAGGUGGGAGAGGGUGGCAGGGAUGGGAAGCGUGUGCACCAGGAGGGGACUGCUGGCUGAGCAAAGCUGGAGAGGAUCCAGGCCCAGGCCCUGAGGAGGUGGCAGCAGGGCAGGGCCCAACCAGAGACUCAGUGUCUGGCUCCCAGCAAGCAUCCACCUAUCUCUGUGUCCACGUGAGAGGACUGGUCUUGCAGGGCCCAGGGCCCUGAUCUGGGCUGCAGAGCUGGUGGUGAGCCCCUUGGCUGUGUGUGUGCGUGUGUGUUCUGAGUACUGUGUGUGUAGCUUGGGAGGCCCAGGCAGCACGUAUGGUGUAUGCACUGUGAGAGUGAUGUGCCCCCGAGUGUGGCAUGUGCCCUGUAAGUGGCACCUAUAGCAUGUGCCGUGUGUGUGUGGACAUGGCCUGUCCAGUCCAGCAUAUGUGCUAUGCACCAUGGGUGUGUUGUGCUCCAGGUGUGGCCUUUGCCCGGUGCGUAGCAUCUGUUGCUUGUGGUUGUGUGUGUGUCCGAGGUGCUUAUGCUCUGCGUGUGCUGCAUGUUCUCUGUAUGUGGGGGGCUGCCUCAGCCAUGGCUGUGGGGUUCACUGACCUCUGCCCUUGGCCCACAGAGCCCUGCCUGGCCCCCAGCCCAGAGCAGCAAGAGCAGGAGCUGACCGUGGCCCUUGGGCAGCCUGUGCAGUUAUGCUGUGGGAGGGCUGAGCGUGGUGGCCACUGGUAUAAGGAGGGCAGUCGCCUGGCAGCUACUGGCCGGGUGCGAGGCUGGAGGGGCCGCUUGGAGAUUGCCAGCUUCAUACCUGAGGAUGCUGGCCGCUACCUCUGCCUAGCACGAAGCUCCAUGCUUGUCUUGCAUAAUGUCACCUUGGUUGUGGAUGACUCCUUGACCUCCAGCAAUGGUGAUGGGGACCCCAAGGCCCACAAUGGCCCUUCGAAUAGGCACGUUUACCCACAGCACGCACCCUACUGGACACACCCCCAACGCAUGGAGAAGAAGCUACAUGCAGUGCCUGCUGGGAACACCGUCAAGUUCCGCUGUCCAGCUGCAGGCAACCCCUCUCCCACCAUCCGCUGGCUCAAGGAUGGACUGGACUUCCACGGAGAGCAUCGCAUUGGAGGCGUUCGGUUGCGCCAUCAGCACUGGAGUCUGGUGAUGGAAAGCGUGGUGCCCUCGGACCGUGGCACGUACACCUGCCUCAUAGAGAACUCAGUGGGCAGCAUCCGCUACAGCUAUCUGCUGGAUGUGCUGGAGCGGUCCCCGCACCGGCCCAUCCUGCAGGCGGGGCUCCCAGCCAAUACCACAGCGGUGGCGGGCAGCGACGUGGAGCUGCUGUGCAAGGUAUACAGCGACGCCCAGCCCCACAUCCAGUGGCUGAAGCACAUUGUCAUCAACGGCAGCAGCUUCGGUGCCGACGGCUUCCCCUAUGUGCAAGUCCUGAAGACAACAGACAUCAAUAGCUCAGAAGUGGAGGUUCUAUACCUUAGGAACGUGUCAGCCGAGGAUGCGGGCGAGUACACCUGCCUGGCAGGCAACUCCAUCGGCCUCUCCUACCAGUCAGCCUGGCUCACAGUGCUGCCAGAGGAGGACCUCGCAUGGACAGCAGCAGCGCCCGAGGCCAAAUACACGGACAUAAUCCUGUACUCAUCGGGCUCUCUGGCUUUGGUGGUGCUCCUGCUGUUGGCUGGCCUGUAUCGGGGGCAGGUGCUCCACAGCCGGCACCCCCGGCAGCCUGCCACGGUGCAGAAGUUGUCCCGCUUUCCUCUGGCCCGACAGUUCUCCCUGGAGUCGGGCUCCUCAGCUAAGUCCAGUUCAUCCCUGGUACGGGGUGUCCGGCUCUCCUCUAGCGGGCCCCCCUUGCUCGCUGGCCUCGUGAGUCUAGACCUCCCUCUGGACCCGCUGUGGGAGUUCCCCCGGGACAGGCUGGUGCUUGGGAAGCCCCUGGGCGAGGGCUGCUUUGGGCAGGUUGUGCGUGCAGAGGCUUUGGGCAUGAACCCAGCCCAGCCUGACCAAGUCAGCACCGUGGCUGUCAAGAUGCUCAAGGACAAUGCCUCCGACAAGGACUUGGCAGAUCUGGUCUCUGAAAUGGAGGUGAUGAAGCUGAUUGGCAGGCAUAAGAACAUUAUCAAUCUGCUGGGUGUCUGCACCCAGGAAGGGCCCCUGUACGUGAUUGUGGAGUGUGCUGCCAAGGGAAACCUGCGGGAGUUCCUGCGGGCCCGACGCCCCCCAGGCCCUGACCUCAGCCCCGACGGGCUGCGGAGCAGUGAGGGGCCACUCUCCUUCCCUGCCCUGGUCUCCUGCGCCUACCAGGUGGCCCGAGGCAUGCAUUACCUGGAGUCUCAGAAGUGCAUCCACCGGGACCUAGCUGCCCGCAACGUGCUGGUGACAGAGGAAAAUGUGAUGAAGAUCGCUGACUUUGGGCUGGCCCGUGGCGUCCACCAUAUUGACUACUACAAGAAAACCAGCAAUGGCCGCCUGCCUGUCAAGUGGAUGGCACCUGAGGCCUUGUUUGACCGAGUCUACACACACCAGAGUGACGUGUGGUCAUUUGGGAUCCUGCUGUGGGAGAUCUUCACCCUUGGGGGUUCCCCGUACCCUGGCAUUCCUGUGGAGGAGCUGUUCUCACUGCUGCGGGAGGGCCAUCGGAUGGACCGGCCCCCAAACUGCCCUCCAGAGCUGUAUGGGCUGAUGCGAGAGUGCUGGCACGCGGCACCCUCUCAGAGGCCCACUUUCAAGCAGCUGGUGGAGGCACUGGACAAGGCCCUGCUGGCCAUCUCUGAGGAGUACCUUGACCUCCGCCUGACCUUUGGACCCUACUCCCUGGCCAAUGGGGAUGCCAGCAGCACCUGCUCCUCCAGCGAUUCUGUCUUCAGCCAUGACCCCCUGCCACUGGGGUCCAGUUCCUUCCCCUUCUCUGGGAUGCAGACUUGAGCAGGGGCACGAGGUUGUGUGGGCAAGACAGCCAGCAGCCCUGUGCCUCCUGGCUCAGCUGCAGUCCAUUGGUGCUUGACCUUGGCAGCCCCAGGCCCUGGCUUCAGGGUGCUGUCCCAGAUCUCCAGCUCUGCUUUGGAGAGGUCUCCUUGGUCCUGGGGUCCCUAGUUGAGGCUUCUGGCUCUGGCCUCAGGUUCCUAACCCAGUGUUCCUCCCCAGUCUCACGGCCCUCCCCUUACCCUGAGAGUCAUGCCCCACAUUCUAAUGGCCUGAGUGUUAAGGCUCUGCUUGGCUUCUGGGCCUUGGCACUUGGUUCUGGCUCCAGGGGUUUGGCUGGACCUGGGUGCAGGGUUGUCCCAAACCUCCCUGCUUCCCUACACCAAGAAAGGUCUUGGGCCUCUGGUCCCCGUUUCCUCAGGCCUCCCCCGCCUUCCUUCGGAUGGUUGUCCCAGUGUCUUGGUGCUAGGAGUUUCGGCCCUGUGCUCCUGAAGCUGGAAGCCUGCCAAAAACACAGAAGCAAAUGGCCUUCGAUAAAUUAUUUUUUUGA